GUUGCUUCAGUAGUCACGUGACUUUCUUAAAACGAAAACAUGGCUGCAACGGGUUUAAGCUUUCGGUGGCUUGACAUACUAGAAAAAGAAUUUGACAAGGCAUUUGUGGAUUUAGAAAUAUUAAUCGAUGAAUUUGAUUCGGAAGAGCCUGAUGUUGUUUAUACAGCGCGACAGAAAAUGGCAACACUGAGCUCCUGUUUCGCACAGCUGACUCAUAAAGCUCAAACAAUUUUUCAGAACAGCGCCAAGGUUGAGGUAAGUGAUGUCGUAACAGAAGAUCUGUGUUUAACGUAGAGAGGGGAAGAAUGUCUAACCCCAGAAUUAAUGGAAAUGAAGUUAACAGGUAUGUUUUACAAUAAGGUAUACGUUUAGCAGUUUCUUCAUGUGUGGC